AGUGCCGGAGCCUAUCCCAGCUGUCAACGAGCAGGAGGUGGGGUACACCCUCAACUGGUCGCCAGACAACAGCCGCGCUCCCCAUCAUUUUGAUGUCGGAGUGGCCAAUUCGUGGUGCAUAUUUUUGGGGGGUGUGGGAGGAAACCGGAGUGCCCACCCGGAGAAAAGCCACGCAGGAACAGGGGAGAAGACGGGCGGGCCGGGAUUCGAACCCCGGUCCUCAGAACUGUGAGGCCACCGCUUCUAUUUCAACGCCACACAAACGUCUUUUCUGUCCUAAAUGGCUCGAUCGCGAUCGAAUGAAGUCUCCGCUAAUCUGUUCAGUUGCCACAUAUCGAGCAGUUUCCCCGUUACAAGUGACUUUACAAGCGCCAUAUACUAUAAUAUUUCAUUCCAUUUUCAAAAGCCGUUUAUCUCCACAAGGGUCGCGGGAAUGCUGGACAUUUUUGAAUGAAUAAUAUACAUUUUAAUGACAGAUUUUCAUCUCCUGCUUGCGAAGGCUGCCAGGCUUCCGUCUGACGUCACAAACAAAAAUGGCAGCGCGCGAGGAGUCGCUCAACUGAAGGCGAAAACACAAAAUUUCAAAUCAAAUCAAAGUGUUGUGGCUCGAUUGAAGAAUGCGGAGUGGAGGGGGCGUCACUCCCGCCGGUGUCAGCAGUCAUGUCCCAACCGAAGACGCGCUCAAUUGUUUCUGGUUCGUCGCCGAAGACUCCGCGUGGCCCGUCCAAACUUUGUCACGGAAAAAGUCAGGACCACGUCUCGGACAAGAAGGACGUCGACGUGUCGGCGGCGACCGCCAGUAAAGAGCUGCAGAGUCCUCAGUGCCGAGGCUCCGGCAGACCUUUCGGACUCAGCCACGCGGACUCUCCCGGUGACGUGGAUCCUUCUCAAGACAUCGUCUGGGAUUCCAGGUCACCCACUAACACCGGCCAGGAGCUGAAGAAUGUCAAAAGGGUGGAAAUAUCCGACAUCGUCGACCGCAUCGCGCCCAAGGACGCGAAAGCCCGUGGGCCGCGGUCGCCUUUGUGGCAGUGGAUCAGCGACAGCCCCGCGCCCGCCACGCCCAAGGUGGCCAAAGCCAGAGCGAGGAAGAAGUCGCUCCGGCGGAGCGGCGUGGAUGACCUGAUAAAACUGGCCCGGCGGUUCGAUGAGAACAUGCAGCAGGACAAGGAGGACCCGGCCCAGCUCACCAAGAACAAAAUCAACAAAACGCUAACAGAGACGUCGUCGUCGUCGUCGCUGAACCAAACCGAGGCCGAGCUUCGAGCCCUUUUCGACUCGUCCACGCAGAAGGUCAGCGGAGGCCUCAGCCAGGUCUCCUCGAAAUCUUCCCAGGACAAAAGCCUGCCCGACAAGUCCGGUCCUGGUCCCGAUAAAGUCAAGGAGUCAAGUAGCAAGUGCGCCGACUUUGACGGGGACGACGACUGGGAAAAGGACGACAUGCUGGACGACCCGUCUUUACUGGCCCUGAUGCAGAACCCCGACCGUCCCGUCCGGGAUUCCGCCGGGUCCCGAAAUUCUCCUGGGGGCGGCCUGUGGGAUUUGUGUCCCGAAGUUAAAGCCAACGCCAGAAGCACUUUUAAGCUGGAGUCCAACCCUCACUUCUUCACGUCGGUUCAAGAAAUGUCAAAGAAAAACAUUUCGCACUGUAAAUGGGACGACAUGGACGGCGCCCACCACGACGACGACGACGACGACGCGCUCUUCUACCAGGCGUGCGACAGCGUGGAGGCGCUCUCCCAACCCAUCAAGACCGCCACCACGCCUCUGCCAAUCCGCCAAACCUCGCCCGGCAACAGGAAGUCGCCUCGCGCCUUCACGCGUUCGAAUUCCUUACCGAGCGCCGCUACCGGGGUCCGCCAAAGUCCCAACCGUCCCGUGUCCAAGAGCCUCCCGGCGGAACCCUCGCGGGCCCCCUUCGAGAGGAGCGCCUGCCAAGCGGCCCCCGACAAAGCUUUUCUCAGCAACCGCAAGUGCUCGGCGGCCGAAAUCGAACGCAAGAAGCAGGAAGCUUUGGCCAGGAGGCGGCGCAGGCUGCAGAACGCGCACAAACGAUGAUGGUUCCACGCAGGUGUUUUGGUGGGCCCUCCCCUCCCCUCCCCUCCCCCCGCCGGCACCCACCUGCCUCAUAUCGGGGCAGCGUUGACAGGCCCGAGCGGACGUCGAGGAAUGACUCGAAUUUGACGUCUAAUUUGUGCCCGGGGCACAACGUCCGCCUUUGUGGUCCCCACAGGCCGCCUUAGUUUACUUCCCAGGUGCAUUCCGUCUUCCCCCGAAUGGCGCGCUAAUCAAUCUCAGCGCCGAGACAUUUGACGCAUCAUCAGAAGCCGAAUGGACGCCAUUAUGUUUUUUUUCCCCGAGCUUAUUCCAACUAUCUGAUGAAGCUAACAGGUGUGCGGAGGAGGCGGGCGCAAUAUGUCGUUCGACAGGAGGUCAUCGGUGACGUUAUCUGCUCGAGCCAGUCGUUCCUACAACGGGGAGAAGUGCGUUGACGAGAGGGGAAUGUCAGAUGGUAAUAAGCGAUCUUAUCAGCUCGAGUACUGAUGAGAACUCGCAGAAGGGAUCAUAUAAAGUGUGCGUGUCCGUCGCAUGCUAGGAGGGCGCGUACACGCUAGUUGGUGUCGUUGGCCAGGAGGUGAACGGCGAAAUCUCUUCUGCCGGUUGUGGUCCGCGCUUCGACUUCGGCUUCCUUCGCAACCGCGUCCUGACGCUCGGCACCUCUUCUCCGAGUUCAGAUAAUACCGCGCGCGAGCGCCGCUCCGCCAGCUGGCUCGCUAAUGAUCUCCGCGACCAUGUUUGCACGCGUUCUCCUCACAUUCUGAUCCCUUCGCCGCAUUCUCGUCUGCGCGGGCGAGCGGCAGCAAGCUGUCGGCGGCGUUAAAUGACCUGUGACCGCUUUCACGGUGCGCGUCAUUAGGCGGGCGGCUUCAUCUCGCUUUCACCUGAGGUCUCCGUGCAGGGCCCCCCAGCUGUGGCGACCCCUCGCCAAGUUCCGCCCGCGGCCCCCCCCCCCUGAAAAACGCGUCGUCUUCACGUGCCGUUUGUUCCGCUUGCGCUCGCGGCUAACUACUAGCAACCCCAAACUUGAAAGAGCAACUUGAACGUGUGAUUGCCCAAGUUGGCAGAUCGGCCUCAAUGCAAUCUCGCCGCAAUCGUUCCAACCUUUCCGACUCUUCUUCUCAUUCCCACCGUCAUCUGAUUUCAACGAUUGUCAUUUUCUACAUUUUCUGUCCGUUUGGGCGAGUCUACGAUCUCUGCCGCGUAUUUCGAGGCAGCGCUCGAGCGGCCGUGUUUUGGAGCAGCUGGAGAUUGUUUAAGCGACUCGCCGCGGCGGGAGGAGCCGGUUAAAACCAUCAGAUUUAUUUUGCUGACACAACAUUGUAAUUUACAAGUCGUUAAUGGUGCGCUUGUCUGGCGAGGAAGUCAUGCGGAGGUCAACGUCACCCGGGCGAAAGCGAUAAGACAGACGUGUCAAAAAAAAAGGGAAAUCUUGUUAUUCCAAAGUAAAUCACAGCUUUGGAAUGGCAGGGGAGUAGCGGCAAAACAUUUCUCCGGGAAGGAUUUACGAGCCCGAGUGAAGCCGGCGCAACAACUUGACGUCGUCUUUUUUUUUUUUUUUUUUUUCCACCCGCAUCCGAGCGCCGGCAUUGCCGAGCUCUAUUAAGCGUGCUGAUAAGGCGACGUCGACGAGCAUUCCUGCAGCUCACGUCUGCCAACACCUUUGCGAUGGCUUCGGCCUUCAAGCCGCGUUCCCCGUUCAUCGGGCACACCCUCGGCGUGUGGGUUGGAAUGGCGCGUUGACAGCUUCGGGUUGGGGUUCGUUUACUUGCCCGACGCUGACGUGUCCCACUUUCCCCGAGAGGACACACAAAAAAAAAAAAACGCCAUCUCACAAUGAGUUCACCAAAAAAAAAAAAAAAAAAAAAAGCACAUUUCUAAUUGUUUGGCUGUUCAUUUGAAAAAAUGCUGCUCAAACUUUGGGAAUUUAGCGCCACCCACCUCUGGCACUCGCUUCACAUUGAGUUUGUGGCUGAUCAAUUUCUCGAGUCUUGUUUACGUGAGGCCCAUUCAGCAAAUUUGACAUCAAUCACUGCAAGUGGCGUCCGCUGAUAUAUUUGACCCCGCCCCCCCCCCCCAAACUUUCCACAAAAUGGCGGCUUCAAACAAAAAUGGCCGACUUGCUCUUGAAUUUCAGGUUGGGGUCCUGAGACUUUUUCUGGCGACUCACGUCCUGUACGACGUUAUGAUAUAUAUAUAUAUGAUCUUCCUAUUCAAUUCUGGGCAAAGGAUCUUUUCAUGCAUCCUGUUUAUUUCCAAGCAAUUUGGCACCAGUUGACGAUUCCCCCGCCCCCGUCCGCCCAUUUCCCCAAUUUUGGCGCACUGUAGCUGCAGAGCCGCCCCGCAGCGCGACGUGAGGGCAGAUCGUAACGUCGCAGCGGGGCUCGGUGGUUUGUUUUUGCGCAACGUUGGCUCGCUCCCAGACAAGAAAGGCAAGCGAGAAGCGCAAAUGAAUAAAUAAGCGAGCGAAGCCCCUCCGAGGCAAAUGGGGGCUCCCCAGUCAAAUAAAGACCCGACGAACGGACUCGGCGGGCCGAGCGGCGUAAGGAGGAAGCCGCUGCUGUGGGAGCGAAAGAAAUUAAACGUUUCCAUCAAACGGCUGCGCAGUUUCCUUUCAGUGUUGUUUUUCAAAAAAAGACAAUCAAAAGGAAGCAAAAUCUUGGGGGAAUUUGCCACACUCGCAUUUCUUCUUCUUCUUCUUUUUUUCUUGUUGUUGUAAAGCGCUCCACUCAAUAUUGCUUGGUAUAUUUACAGUACAUUAUUACAAUGUUAACAUUCUUUUACCCAUGAGUCUUAAGCCCAUGCUGAAAAGAAAAAAAACACACUAUGAAAUUAAAGUGAUAGAAUAAAAGCAUUUGAGCCAUGUAAAUAUUGUGGUGACCCAACUAAUGUCAGAAUAGGAUUUUUUUUUCUCAAAAAUGUAACUUUUUGACAUUUGUAAAAUACUUUUAUCACAUGUAUAUAACUUUCAGGGUAAAGUUUAGAUUUUUUUUAUAUUCUGCCUUUUGAAUUUUCUGUUUUAUUAUUGUUAAAUUAUUUGUUCCUCUGAUAA